AUGGAUGCAGAAACGCUGUUAAAAAAUGAAGAGGACAAAGCUCUUCUAAUGGAAAGGCUCGAGGAACUGAUGCAGAGACAUGGCUUCGACAAAAAAAUAGAGGAGUUUGUAGACAACGCCAUAGGUGGUAAGCUGCCAGACAUAGCAGACGUCAAUUGGAUAUUUGACAAACUGUAUGACUUUGUGAUACUGAACCUACCGCCUGAGGUCCAAGAAGCAUUCUACCACGAUGUAAGGAGCUUUAUAGAAAGGAACACCAGGUUCGAGAAUUAA